AUGUUAUGCGCACCAGCUGCGGAACGUAACAAGCAGCCAAUAUUGGAAAUUCUCAAGCAAUAUAUCGACAAUGAACCUCGUACUAUGUUAGAAAUUGCAUCGGGUAGCGGUCAGCAUGUUUGUCAUUUUGCACCACAUUUUCCAAACGUCUUAUUCCAACCUUCUGAUAUGGAUGAUAGUAAUGUGAAAUCCAUAAAUCUCUACAUCGAUCAUUCCAAGUUAUGCAAUGUUAAGCAAGCUUUGACAAUUGAUGUUCGAAAAGAUAUUAGCAGCUGGAAUUUGCCGAAUGAGUUUCAACUGGGACACAUAGAUUAUCUCUUAUCGAUCAAUAUGAUACAUAUCAGUUCAGAUGCUGCUGUUAAUGCAUUGUUCAAUAGUGCUGGGUCAUUGUUGUCCACUAAACAUGGUUUAUUGAUUACAUAUGGCCCAUAUGCAGUAAAUGGUCAAAUAUCGCCACAAAGCAACAUUGAUUUUCACCGAUCACUUCGUUCCACCGAUCCUGAAUGGGGUUUACGUGACAUAAGCAUUUUGAAAGAGAAAGCGGGUGCUAAUGGAUUAUAUAUGCAAAAAGUACAUGAUAUGCCAGCCAAUAACAAGAUGAUAAUUUUUGGACGACAAUCUGUGUCCUGA